CGUCUCCCCUCGCGUCGGGCGGCGACGACGACUGCGAGCCCCUUCCCGCUGCGGCGGCGGCGGUGAGGCAGCGUCGCCGGAGGCUGUUCUGGAAGGCGGCGUCGCGGACGCCUCUACCGCGGCCGAUGGACGCGCAGGGGCAGGGGCAGGGGCAGGGGCAGGCGGCUACGGCGCAGCAGCCCCCGCCGCCCGCGGCCGCGGCGGGGAGGAGGUACGGCGUGCACUUCUCGGCGUCUAGCUUCAUCCAGGCGCCGCUCUCCGCGCUGCUCGAGUACUCCGGGAUCCUCCGCGCGGACCCCGGCGGUGGGCCGCACCAGGCCGGGGGUGGGGCCGGCGAGGUGUCGAUCCGGAUUGUUGGGUCCGGGGAGGCCGGGGCGUCGGCCGAGAGGGGUGAGGAAGGGGUCGUGGAGGAUGAGGCGGGGGCCGCGCAGGCGAACCCCUCCACGUCGGCGACGGGCAGCGGGGAGGCGGGGAGGGAGUCCUCCUCGUCGUAUCAGAGGUACGACAUACAGCAGGUGGCGAGGUGGGUGGAGCAGAUACUACCCUUCUCCCUUCUGCUGCUCGUCGUCUUCAUCAGGCAGCACUUGCAAGGUUUCUUUGUGACGAUUUGGAUUGCAGCGGUGAUGUUCAAGUCCAACGAUAUCCUCCGCAAGCAGACCGCUUUGAAGGGGGAGAGAAAAAUGUCAGUUCUCGUUGGGAUUACAAUAUUAUUCGUCGUUCAUGUAUUUGGAGUUUACUGGUGUUACAAGAACGGUGACCUCGUAAGACCUCUGGUGAUGCUUCCUCCAAAAGAAAUACCACCGUUUUGGCAUGCAAUAUUCAUCAUUUUGGUGAAUGAUACAAUGGUGCGCCAAACUGCUAUGAUCAUAAAGUGUAUGUUACUUAUGUACUACAAGAACAGCAAAGGGCGUAGCUAUCGUAGGCAGGGCCAAAUGUUAACAGUUGUGGAAUAUCUUCUACUUCUGUACCGAGCAUUAUUGCCUACUCCUGUAUGGUAUCGAUUUUUCUUGAACAAGGAGUAUGGGAGCCUAUUUUCAUCUCUAACCACUGGAUUAUACCUUACUUUCAAGUUGACAUCAGUUGUUGAAAAGGUUCAAUCGUUUUUGACAGCAUUGAGGGCAUUAUCUCAUAAAGACUUCCAUUAUGGUUCAUAUGCGACGAGUGAACAGGUUAGUGCUACUGGAGAUAUGUGUGCUAUAUGCCAAGAAAAGAUGCAUACUCCCAUUCUUUUGCGCUGUAAACAUAUCUUCUGCGAGGAUUGUGUCUCUGAAUGGUUCGAGAGGGAGCGGACAUGCCCGCUAUGCAGAGCGUUGGUGAAACCAGCAGACCUCCGGUCGUUCGGCGACGGCUCAACGAGCCUCUUUUUCCAGCUAUUCUAGGCAGCCGAUGCCUCUACUCUGUGCACAAGAACUGCAGACAAGAUGGCAGGCAGGUGUUUUAGGUGCGUGCGUCCGUGUUGCUCGCGUUUGCGAGCAGAAGCAGCCCGGUGUGGUGCUGAAUCAAAUCUCCACGUCUUCCCCAGAAGCUGAAAGCGAAGAAGAAAGAGUACAUGAGUGUGUGUGCUUUGCGUGCGUGUGUACUGGGUGUGCAUAUAUUAUCUCCCCCAUGUAUAGGCUCUUACGAGGUAUGUAUGCUUGAGCACAUCUCUCUACAAGAGAGAACUCACCUGACCCUACACGAAUUUACAUAAAAUAGAGAUAAGUAUAUACAACGUAUUACUGCCA